UCAGCAGUGGAGGGAGAGGGGCGGGCUGAAACACAGAUUAGUCACUUCAGUCCUGAGUGCAUGCAACGUUUCUCCUCAGGAUACACAACAGCUAUUUCUGCCUUAUUAAAAAGGGAUUAAUACCAACUUCACAGUUCUCACAAAAAGAACAGACACAAGAAAACAAUGGAAGACUUCUAUUACCACGAUGAUGAGGAUGGCAGCUUUAAUGACAGUUAUGAGUACAAUUACGAACACAGUGUUUGUGACAAAGAAGCAGUGCGCUCUUUUGGUGGAGUCUUCCUCCCAAUCAUCUACGCCGUGGCUCUGGUGGUAGGCCUGGCUGGGAAUGCCCUGGUAGUGGUGGUCUACACAUCCCGGUUGAGACUACGAACCCUGACUGACGUGUGCAUCCUGAAUCUCGCCAUUUCAGACCUGCUGCUUCUCUUCACCCUGCCUUUCUGGGCGGCUGACGCAGUGCAUGGCUGGAAGUUGGGUUCGGCAAUGUGUAAGAUCACCUCCUUCCUCUACAGCACCAACUUCAGCUGUGGCAUGCUGAUGCUGGCGUGCAUCAGCGUGGAUCGCUACCGUGCUGUAGCUCAAAAUUCAACCGGCAGAACAGGGACAGGAACCCGAGUGAGGAGACAGUGGCUCCUGGUGUGUGUCGUGUUGUGGACUUUAGCCAGCUUUCUUGGCCUUCCUGAACUGGUCUUCUCCACAGUGAAGCUCUCCCAUCACAGGAUUGGCUGUACACCCGUCUACCCGCCCAGCAUGGCCCGACCUGCUAAAGCUGCCUUGGAGCUGCUGGAGGUCACCCUUAGGUUCCUGCUACCUUUCAUUGUCAUGGUGGUCUGCUACUGCUGGGUGGGACGAGCACUGAGUCAGGCUGUCGGGGUUCGGAGAGACCGAAAGUGGCGUGCCCUACGUGUCCUCCUGGCUGUGGUGGCUGUGUUCCUGCUCACCCAGCUGCCCUACAACGUGGUGAAGCUGUGCCGAGCGAUGGACAUCAUUUACUUGCUCGUGACGGACUGUGAGGUCAGCAAGAAUCUGGAUCGUGCUGUCCAAGUGACAGAGAGCCUGGCGCUCACCCACGCCUGCAUUAACCCAGUCCUGUAUGCUUUCAUCGGGUCCUCCUUCAGGGGUCACGUCCUAAAGGCGGCUAAGCGACUUGGACAGCGCCUUGGGAAACACCCAACACAUGCCAACGAGGAGCCAGCAGUGGAGAUUGCACUGAACACACGCAAUCAAACUCAAUCCCAGUCUGGUUCUGAAGACCAAGACACCAGCACCUUUACCAUUUAAGACUCCAACGUGUAUCUAUUUCCUUGUAAGCACCAAUGCAAAAUUGUACUUCUAUGUAUAUAUAUUUGCAUACUUUUACUAUCAUACAGGGCAGAUAUCAAUAACUACAAAUAUUCAUUUUUAGGGUAAUAUAUAUGUACAGUAGCAUGCACUAACUAAAAAUAUUUUGUAUAAAUUAUGUAUUUUGUUAAAUAAAAGAACAAAGGCCUUUAA